CAUUACCACUACAAAUCUCCACCACCUCCAUCGCCAUCUCCUCCACCACCUUAUUACUACAAAUCUCCACCACCACCGAAAAAGUCUCCGCCACCUCCAGAUUACUAUUAUAAGUCUCCACCACCUCCAUCGCCAUCAUCACCUCCUCCAUAUUAUUAUAAAUCUCCACCACCACCAUCUCCUUCAGUACAUCCUCCUUACUACUAUAAGUCUCCACCACCACCAUCUCCCUCGCCUCCUCCCCCUUACUAUUAUAAAUCUCCACCACCACCAUCUCCCUCACCUCCUCCGUCAUAUUAUUACAAAUCUCCACCUCCACCAUCUCCCUCACCUCCCCCACAUUACUACUACAAAUCACCACCACCACCAAUGAAAUCUCCACCACCACCACAUUACUACUAUAAAUCUCCACCACCACCACCUAAGUCUUAUCCUCCUCCUUAUCACUACGUGUCUCCACCACCACCUAAACACACUCCUCCUCCAUACUAUUACACUUCUCCACCACCACCUACUCCUCACUAUCCUCCUCACCACCACUAUCCAUUUGUAGUCAAGGUAGUUGGCAAGGUCUACUGUUACAGAUGCUACGACUGGAGGCAUCCUAAGAAGUCACACGAUAAGAAACAUCUCAAGGGUGCUGUGGUAGAGGUGACAUGCAAGUCUGGGGAGAGAGAGAUCAAGGCAUAUGGCAAAACCAAGAUCAAUGGAAAAUACAGCAUCACGGUAGAGGGUUUCAAGUAUGCAAAAUAUGGAGCAGAGGCAUGCAAGGCCAAACUUCACAUGGCACCUAAAGGCUCAGUUUGUAACAUCCCCACCAACCUCCACUGGGGUAAAAAGGGUGCGAAGCUCAAGGUGAAGUCUAAGAAUAAGUACGAAGUUGUGUUAUCGGCUAAGCCAUUUGCCUAUGCUCCUAAGAAUCCUUACAAGGAAUGUCAUAAACAUAAACCUUACUAUUACACUUCUCCACCACCUCCUACCCCCACUUAUGUUUAUAAAUCACCACCUCCUCCUUCUAUAACUAUAAAUCUCCCCCACACCAUCCCAGUCUCCACCUCAUUACUAUAUAGUCUC